CUAUAUAAACCCUGGGUUGUCCUAACUUUUUGCAAUUUGGAUGUCCAGAGCUUAUUCACCAUGCUGUCGGCCGCUGGAGUCACCUUGCUAUUUUCAGCACUUGUUGUAGUGAACUGCUACGUGAUUAAAAAAGUUCCAUAUGAGGAAAUUAGGCAUGCAAAACACGUGAACAUUUCACAGGAUGAUGAAUUUACUCUCUCAACGUUGAUUGAAAAAGCAAACAAGAACCUUGGACAAGGCCUGGAUGAACCCAUCGUGAAGUUUGGGGACAUCUCCAUCCCCACUGGCUUUCAAAAUGCUGAUCCUUGCACGAGUCGUGGCUGCAAAUGGCAAAAGAAAUCUGACGGGAACGUUUACAUCCCCUACACCAUCUCCAAUCAGUAUUCAUCUCGAGAAAGAGGUGUCAUUCUGCAAGCACUGCAGUCCUUUUCUACCUCCACUUGUAUCCGCUUCCAACAACAGAAGAGAGAGAGAGACUACCUGAAUAUCCGGUCCCUUAACGGCUGUUACUCGUUUAUUGGGCGGCGUGGUGGCCCACAGGACGUCUCCUUAAGUCGAUCGGGUUGCGUCUUCUUCGGAAUUGUGCAGCACGAACUGAUUCACGCGCUGGGUUUCCACCACGAGCAGAAUCGCAGCGAUCGCGACAGACACGUCCGCAUCUUGUACGAGAACAUCAUCCGCGGACAGGAACAUAAUUUCAAUAGGGUUAAAACCAACAAUCUGAAGACUCCGUAUGAUUAUAAUUCUAUCAUGCAGUAUGGGAAGUUUGCCUUCUCCAGAAAUAAUCAGGAAACCAUCCGCCCGAUUCCGGACGGCAACGUAUCAAUCGGGAGAGCUACCCAAAUGAGUCAAAAUGACAUUGACAGAAUCAACAGACUCUACAAAUGCAAACGGUUUAUGAAAAAACCAUGAUUGCAGUACUAUCAAAACUGGAGAGAAUGAAACCUACAAAGUCGAAGAAUGAAUCGCAGACGAAUCUUCAAUUUAACUACCUUAAAAUGCAUUUAUACAAAAAAUAAAAAUACACAUAUGCGGAUGUGCUGUACAUUCAUUUCCAUAAAUACUUAAUAAAGUACUAUUAACAGCAA